AUGGCGAUCCUGUAUGGGGUGGUGGCGCGUGGGACUACGGUGCUGGCGGAGUUCAGCGCCGUGACGGGGAACGCACCUGCCGUGGCGCGGCGGAUACUGGAGAAGCUGUCGGAGACGAAUCAGGAGGAGUCGAGACUAUGCUUCUCCCAGGAUCGGUACAUUUUCCAUAUCCUUAGAUCGGAUGGACUCACCUUCCUCUGUAUGGCCAACGAUACAUUCGGAAGGAGAAUCCCUUUCUCAUAUUUGGAGGAUAUUCAGAUGCGAUUCAUGAAAAACUAUGGUAGAGUGGCUCCUUAUGCUCCUGCUUACGCUAUGAAUGAUGAAUUCUCAAGGGUCUUGCAUCAGCAAAUGGAGUUUUUCUCCAGUAAUCCUAAUGCAGACACUCUCAACCGUGUCAGAGGAGAAGUUAGCGAGGUACGCACAAUUAUGGUGGAUAACAUUGACAAGAUAUUAGAAAGAGGUGAUCGGAUUGAGCUUCUUGUUGACAAAACAGCAACUAUGCAAGAUAGUGCAUUUCACUUCAAGAAACAGUCGAAGCGCCUUCGUCGAGCUCUGUGGAUGAAAAAUGCCAAGCUCUUAGCCCUGUUGACUUGCUUGAUUGUCGUUCUACUGUACAUUAUAAUCGCUGCUGCUUGUGGGGGCAUCACUCUACCGUCCUGUCGAUCAAAAUAA